AUGGCGAGUGAUCAAAUCAUGCAUGUGCAACCUGAAUCUUUAGCUACUGAUGGAACCAAUAACUAUUUGUAUAAUCAAUUAUGGAAGUUAUGUGCUGGUCCUCUGUUUCAUCUUCCAAAAGUUGGAGAAAAAAUAAAUUAUUUUCCCCAAGGACAUAUAGAGCAGCUAGUUACAUCUAUGAACGACGAACUUUGUCAACUAAAACCGAUUUUUGAUAUUCCUUCAAAAAUUUGCUGCAAUGUUUUUAGUAUCAAGCUGAAGGUAGAGACAACAACAGAUGAAAUUUAUGCAGAAAUUUCUUUGUUACCUGAUACAUCUGAAGUUGAAAUCCCAACUCCUAAACCUGAAAACAACAUACAAAACAUUAACUAUUUUACUAAGGUGUUAAGUGCUUCUGACACCAAUAAAAAGGGUAGUUUUGUUUUGAAUAAAAGACAUGCCAUUGAAUGUCUUCCUCUGCUGCUAACACCAAGUCAAGAGGUAAUUGCUAAAGAUAUUCAUGGUCAUGAAUGGAACUUUAAACACACUUUAAGAGGUACGCCACAAAGACAUCUUUUCACAUCUGGUUGGAAUGAGUUUGCAAAAGGAAAAGAUUUGGUUGUUGGAGACUGUUUUGUAUUUCUCCGAGGAGAGAAUGGGGAAUCACGAGUUGGAAUCAGAAAAUCAGCUCAUCAUCAACAACACAACAUACCAUCACCAGUAAUUUCAAAGCAGAGUAUGCACCAUGGGGUUGUUGCUACUGCAUUGAAUGCUAUCGAAAGAAAAUGUAUGUUUGUUGUGUUCUAUAAGCCAAGGUCGAGCCAGUUCCUUGUCAACUUCGAAAAAUUUAUAGAUGGAGUGAAUAGGAAAUUUAGUGUAGGCUCCAGAUUUUUGAUGAAAUUCGAAGGAAGAGAUUUUAGUGAAAUAAGAUACUAUGGAACAAUAGUAGGAGUGAAAGAUUUCUCCACUCAUUGGAAGAAUUCAGAAUGGCGAAGUCUAGAGGUACAAUGGGAUGAAGCUGCAAUAAUUUCAAGACCUGAUAAGGUAUCUCCAUGGGAAAUCGAGCCUUUAACACAUUCAUCGAACAUUCCCAAAUCAGUUUUUCUAAAAAACAAACGUCAAAGUGAAAUAAAUGAUUUUGGCCAAGAAAUUGGACAGACGAGCAUACAAUCUUCAAUGAGCUACUCAUUCCCUAGCAUGUCCAAACCCAACUACAAUGAGCAAAUGGUUCAAGCAAUGAAAGAAACGUCAACGACGACCGAGGCUGCUAGCUACAGACUGUUUGGAGUUGAUCUAACAUUUCCUGCAAAAACAAAGGAUCCCGUACAACCAACUCACUCAUAUAAAAAAUCUAAGAUUUCUAAAAUCUUUGAAGAAGAAAAGGUUGACCAGAUCCAAACUAAAACUCAUACUAAGGUUUGUAUGGAAGGUGCCGCAGAAAGAACUAUGGAUUUAACUAUUUUUGAUGGAUACAAUCAGUUGAUCGAUGAACUAGAAAGACUCUUUGAUAUCAAAGACAAGUUGCAUAUGCACAAUCAAUGGAAAAUAGUUUUUAUAAACGCUGAUGGAAAUAUGAUGCUUCUUGGCGAUGAUCCGUGGCCAAAAUUUUGCAAUACGGCGAAGGAAAUAUUCAUAUAUUCAGAACAUGAUGCCAAAAGAGGGAAUGCAGAUAACAAAUUCGCUGAAGGUGACCCAAGGUUGGCAACAACAAUCUUACCACCAGAUGUCAACAAUAAUUAA